GUCGCAGCUCCUCAUGCAGCUCAUCAACUGCCAAAAGGAGCUCCAUAUUUUCAGCUCCUGGCAGGUUCUGUUGGAUAGCCUUGUGCACACAUUCGCGCAUCAUAUUGGAACCUUCACUGCGCUUGAGAGAACCACAGCUGAAGAGCUAAACAAAGCUUUCGUCUGCGCGCGAGAUCCCACGGAGCUACCCGCCGGAUACCUUGCUUUGAAGACCUUCCAAUAUCCGAUUUGCCCACUGCCGGCAAAUGCAGACAUUGGCUACUUUGAUGGUGUUCUCUCCACACCAGGAAUUACAGGCUACCUGCUGCUGAUCGUGAUCUGCCUGUUAGGCUGGGCUUCAAGCGCCAAAGUGAGGCACGCACGUUUCCGCGUCUUCUACCAAUUCCACCACUUCCUGGUGCCUGCUUGGGUCAUACUACUGGUGCUCCAUGGUGCAAACGGCUGGGUGGGCCUUGGCUUUCCGCUGGUGAUUCUAGUUGCCGGGAUUCCCAUUGCUGCAUACACAUGGACUCGCAGCCGCCGUGCCUACCUCGCGUGGUUUUGCCCCUCCACAGUGCUAGCGGCUGAGAAGUCGCUUAAUGGCAAACUCGUCCGCAUCGAAGUACAGCUAAGCUCUGGAUACCGCAAGUGUAGCGUUGGAGAAUAUGCCUACAUCAAUAUUCCGAGCAUUUCUCGAUUCGAAUGGCACCCUUUCACCAUCAGCAAUAGCAAGGAUGAUGAGACGGGAGGCCAGCUGAUCACUUUCUGCAUUAUGAGCGUUGGCCGCUGGACCCAGAAGUUGAAGGAUGCCUGUGCCGGCCAUGCCUUCCCGCGUGUGAACAUCGACGACCCGUUCUAUGCUCCCACCGUCAGCAUGCCUUUGCACUCCACGGUCGUGGGGAUCGGCGCCGGCGUUGGAGUGACCCCUUUCUUAUCCUUCCUCGGAAGCCUUGCAGCUUCGCAAGUUUCACAAGAGCGCCAGCAUGCACAUGUCUUUUGGAUGUCGGCCUGGGCCACUGACUUCCUCCUCUUCAAGGACCUCUUUGCCCAGCUCGAGACCCAAGGUGGCAACACGAAGUGUCACCUCCACGCCACGCCGCGGUGGGAUGGUAGAGGCCUGGGCUGCCUUUUCGAUCUGGCAAGUCGCGACAUUUGGAACGAUUGGGUGCGGCGCCUUGCAGCAAGAAGCAGUGAGACUGUGCCCACCUUCUGCCACUAUCCCAAGCCCCUGCAUGCAGUCGUCUCAGGCAGCACGCUAGAGUCGGAAACACCUUUGGUAAUUGUGGUAGGCAGGCCGGACUUCGUGGCAGAGCUUCUAGCCAUCGGCCAUGCAGACCUGCGGGAGCAUGUUUUCGUUUACUGUUGUGGCAACGACUCACUGAAGGAAGGAAUCCAAACAGCGUGCGUCGCCUGCAACAAGCACAAUGAAAGCAGUGGCUACAUGCAGCGCUUCUAUUUCUACCAUGAACGAUUUGGCUGA